AUGGUCUCCUACAAUCAGUUAGUCGAAAGCCAGAGAGCCUACUUCAAAACGGAUGCCACAAGAAGUUUGGAAGCACGACGUCAAACGUUGCUGACAUUGAAAAAGGUGAUAGAAGAUCACAAGGACGACAUCGUAGCAGCUAUACUAACCGAUCUUGGCAGGGACUCAACCCGCGAAGUCGCCAGUGCCUUAAACGAAGUCCAAGGAUUACUCGAGCACCUAGAAGAGUGGAACGCGCCGAGGACAUUGCCUACACCUCAGCCAUUCGACCAAGACGACGAUGAGGUGGUGUUGAUGGCAGAACCACUGGGAGUGGUGUUGGUGAUUGCACCGUGGAACUUCCCCUUGAUCACUUCAAUGCCGGUCGCAUCGGCAAUCGCUGGAGGAAACACCGUAAUUCUGAAGCCAUCCGAGCAUGCUCCAUCGUUUUCGUCGCUUAUUGCCCGCCUUGUAGGCAGUCACUUUGACAAGAACUUGCUCGCAGUCGUGGAAGGAGCUGUGCCCGAGACCACUGCGCUGCUUCAGGAGCGAUUCGACCACAUAAUGUAUACUGGCAAUCCUACAGUGGCAAAGGUAAUCAUGACGGCAGCGGCGAAGAACUUAACGCCAGUCACUCUUGAACUCGGCGGAAAAAAUCCAGUACUCGUAGAAGCUGAUGCCGAUUUCGAUGAUGCCGCAAAGAAGAUCAUCUUCUCAAAAAUGAUGAAUUGUGGACAGAUUUGCAUCUCCUCGGACUAUAUACUCACCACAGAAGAUGUCAAACCGAAACUUAUAGCAGCUAUAGCGAAGCAUUACGAGGAGACGGCUCCAUUCAAGAACAACAAAGCAUUUGCUCGAAUCGUCACUAGAAGCCACUUCGAUCGACUGUUAUCCCUGCUCAAAAAUACGAAAGGAAAAAUCGUAUACAAGGCCAGCGAGGAACCCUGUAGAGAGGACAGAUUCCUUCCUCCACUAGUUAUCGAAGUCGAGAAGGACGACGUCUUCAUGCAGGAAGAGGUACUGGAUAAGUCAUGUGAGAUUCAAACAACUACCUCAAAUUGCAUUCAGGUGUUUGGACCUCUUCUGCCCAUUUUGACGGUGAAAUCGUUCGAUGAGGCGAUCGAAUACGUCAGAGAUAACGAGAAACCUCUGGGCGCCUAUCUUUUUACGAAAGAUUCCGAAAAGAUAAAACGCUUUCUUUUGGAGACAUCCAGCGGUGGAGUAACGGUGAAUGAUGUGAUGUCGCAUGCAUUCGUAAGCUCCCUACCAUUCGGUGGUGUUGGCAACAGCGGCAUGGGUCGACUGAAUGGCAAAUACGGGUUCGACAACUUUGUCCAUGAAAAACCGGUACUUCUAAGGAACGGAGCCGGGAAAGAAGUUCUCGCCAGCUUGUGA